AUGACUAAAGCUAAAGGUGCUCCUGCAUCGAAAGCUAAUCUGGAAUCUGCUAGGAGAAGUAUCGAAUAUCGUAUUAGAGAGGAAGCGAAAAUCACAGGAACGUUGUUUAGUCUUCACAAUUACACAGUUGAUAUUCAAAAAAUAAUGACCGAACAGACAAUUAACGAAUUACCAUUCAACCAUGUAGAAAGCUUCCUUGAUUUUGAUAAUAAAUUGAAGACUGAUUUAGUAAUGAUGCAAAAACUGAAAUGCUUUAUCAUGUUAAAUGUGAAAAAUACAUUAAAACUUUCGGAAAAUUUUUCUUUUAUAAUUUCUAAGAUUAUUUUACCAAAUAUUCAAGUGCUAUUCAGUGCUUUUGGACGAGAAUCAAACGGUAUAAAAAAGCUAAAUUUCUCUGGUACAGAAACUUACAAAUAUUUGCUAGAAGUAGUUACAAUGAAAUUUCCUGACAUAAAUGAAAAAGAAAUUUCAAGUCAAAUAAGUCGCUGGUUUUCAGGUGCAUAGGAUAGAGAUGGUGGAAAGAGAUACCGAUUAUUAAAAUAAAAAAAGUCGUGAAGAGCGAAAGGAUAUUGAAAAUGAAGACGAAAUUCUAUAAUUUUAU